AUGGACGACCACUCGCCCGACCAUGAACAUGGCGACGACCACGGCUUCGAUGAACAACCCAAACCCCGCGAACUGCCUGCCGACCUUCCUCGUUCACUAGAUGACCGCAAGGCCUUCUCUGCUUACGGCAAUGUCGAGACCGAGUACUAUGAUGCCUGGCAAGGCCAGUCUCAGUUCCUUACCGCCCCUACCAUAGCCCACUCGAACAACUUCAAUCUCUCCUUGAACGAACCCGACAACUUCGAUCCCUCAGAACACGACCUGGCUGAGCACGACAGCAGGCUGGCCCACAUGUUGGCAACCCAGGUCCGAAGCAACGACGACGAUAAUGACAUCGAAGAUACCGAAGACAACGUCGUCAAUGACGAUGGCCUAUCCGAUGCCGAAAAGAGACAGAUGCUGCAGGACUUCCUUUUCAUGGCUGCCAGCAAUGGUGACGUUGGCCGCAUCAAGCGCUUAGUCAGAGGGAGUCCCGCCGUAUACAUUGAUGUGAAUGCCGUCGAUUCUGAAGGCACUCCUCCCUUGGUCUACGCAAGUUGCUUUGGUCACAAAGAUGUUGUCAUGGCGUUACUGGAUGCUGGCGCAGAAGUCGACAAGCAAGAUAAGAACCAAUGGAGCGCUCUCAUGUGGGCCAUGACCAACCGACACAAGGACAUUGCCAAGAUUCUGCUAGAUCAUGGUGCUUCUACCGAGAUUCAGUCAUCCACAGGAAGAAAUGCUCUCGAUUUUGUUGCGCCAAACAGCGAUAUGUCGGAGUAUUUGAACGACAGUGGUUACACGAUUGGGAAUGUUGGUGUGACGGAUGAUUUUUACAACUCUGGUUUCUCUCAGGAUCGCUUCGAAGAGGAAAUGGCUGAGAACGAGAUGAAGCGACGCAUGAUGAUGGAAAGUGCUGCGAACCUCGAGGUUGAUCUAGGAAACCUGGGCUUGGACGAGCAACCGGAAUCUGCGGAUGAGUUUGAGGAUUCUCAGGAGUUUAUCUGGGACAGGUGUCUCAACGACCAAAUGUUCGUCUUCCAAGAGAACGACUCAGAUCGCAUUCUCAACAUUGUUGUCACCGAGAUGACUCCUCAGCGAUCAGCGUCUCAAAAACCUAUACCUGCCAACAUCAUUUUCCUCGGAGCCAGAUAUGCACACUAUCAUUCAAGCCAGGAGUUACUAACCGAGUGGCUCAAUGCAGCUCAAGACAAGAUCUACGCGGUGGUAGAGAAGCAUCAAUGGGAUAUGACUAUGCUCGCUUUCUGGAUGUCCAACACGACCCUCUUGUUGUAUUACCUGAAGAAGGAUCCUGGACUAGCCGAAGUCACUGCGACAUUCCAAGCUAAGAUGGCAGAGCUGAUCCACGAGAUCUACGUACUCAUCAUUAGGGAUGCUGAGAGGCGAAUGGACAAAGUCCUGGACGAGGCCAUGCUGGAUCACGAGACCAUCCCUGGAUUUGAAGACAUCGCUUUCCAGAACGAGUGGAAAUUCUUACGGUCAAAGCCAAAAGUGAAGGCACCUGAGCCUCUUGAAAAACGCUUCCGUCCUCCUUCCCCCAAACGUCGCGCACAGGUGUCUCCGAGAAACAUUACUUCUCUCCUCUCAUCCACAUUAUUCGUCCUCGAUCUUUACGAUGUUCAUUCGGUCAUUACCACUCAAGUCAUCUCGCAACUGCUUUAUUGGCUCAGUGCUGAGAUUUUCAACCGCAUCAUGUCCAACAAGCGUUAUCUCGCCAGGACAAAAGCAAUGCAAAUCCGUAUGAACAUAUCCCAACUCGAAGACUGGGCAAGAACCAACAACAGAGCUCCCGAGCACUUUGAGAAUGGUUCUUUGAAUGCUACAGGCGAGAACAUCAUCGAAGCUGCUCGCAAACACUUGGCACCAGUAGUACAACUUUUGCAAUGGCUACAGUGUUUCUCGUCACUAGGUCAAGAUGACGAAGCACUAGAUACGACAUUGCAACAACUGCCAGCCUUGACGACAAAACAACUACUUCACGCAGUAAAAUACUACCGCGCAGAAGUAGGCGAGAAAAUCCUACCAAAAGCAGCGCUCAAGCACGUAGAAGAAAGCAAAAGGCACCUCGCCCACAAAGCCUUAGAAGAAGCCUCAGGACCACCUGCAGCAUCAACAACAAACCCAAACACACCAGCAAACCCCUCAACCCCAGCCCCUCCCGCCCCACCCCCCUCUCUCAAAAAAGACGACGACGACUCUCCAGAACACAAUCUCGUCGAUCCCGCUUUGUUACUGCCCUUCCACCUCCCCACCUCAACAGAUAUGUUGGUAACCUACGGCGCAGGCUUUGGAGGUGUAAAUCGUGAAAGAGAACGUAGGUAUACUCCUACAGUCCCACCUGAUUUUUUCACAAAACUGGAUCCGACGGGAGGUAAUGGGAGAAAUUUGUACGAGGAUGCCAAGUGGAGUGAUGAGGAUGUUGAUUUGGGGAGUUGA